UAAAUUGCAGCCAAGACUCCGGCAGCAGGCUGAGCAUCUUGAGACACUUUGUCUGCUCUGGGUACGUGAUGCCUGCAAUCGCCAAUUUCGCGUAGAGUUCCCUCAUCUUGUCCAGUACGGGCUGCACAGCUUCAUUCUCGCUCAACCGCAGCAUGGACAGCUCCCGAUCCAGCAUGAGAGAAGCGGCAACCGAUGUCGGAGCGUGCAGGUCCUUGAGCACUGCCCAUGCCUUGGGCCCACAAUCAAUUUCCGGUAGCAGAUGCAUGAUGUGAUGCCUCUGGUUCAGCUCCAAGCUUUGUGACAGUAGAUAGUACCCAGCAGAUGAACGUUCAUCCCAGUCCGCUUGCUCUGCCAUUUCCUUUGGCCUUGGCUCCGUUCCAAUCAUGAGCUUCAAGAGGCCAAUUUGUCGAAAGUAGAGCUGCAUCUUCCAUGCCCAAUCAUCAUAGCCAUCUCCAGAGAACUUCUCAAUGGUGAAGUUCUUCAGCACCUCCUUAAGCAGUGACCCCUGGCUUGUACGCGCUCCCCUUUGCGCUGCAAUGCCAGAAUCUUGGGUUGAGCUGCCUCCUUGGACUGAAGUAUCACCUCCACCAGAGUCCUCUUUAUCUCCCAUCGUAUUUUAGGUCCCAAAUGCGUGAUAAUAGGCUCUGAUACCACUUGUUGGUUAGAGAAGGCUAUAAGCAGAUGAUUCAAUGGCUCCUUGGAAAUUUCUGCAGCACUUCGUUAUGACGCCCAGAAAACUCGCGACCUUCGAAUAGCUAUAUCAAAAACUCCAAUCGGUGAAACGAUCUGAAAAUCGGAUAUGUUGUAGCUGGCAGUGUCAGCUUUCCACUGAAAGUUGAAUCACUCGAUUCCGUAGCUAAACGAGUGAGCUAUGGCGUUUGGCGCACUGGGGGGUAAUCUGCCCUAGGAGAAGUUGACAGUCCUCAGAG